CUCCACUUGUUUUUCUCUCGGUAGCCAGCAGCCGCCAGCGGCUUUAAAGAGCGACGCCGAAGCCCCCAGCCUUCACUCUUCGGCCGAACACAGUCGAGAGAAGUCAGGCCGCCGUCAACCCUUCCGAGGCCGGAUGGUAAAAUCCAACCUCCAGCGGAUACUGAACAGUCAUUGUUUUGCUCGCGAAAAAGAAGGAAAACCCCAGUGUCAAACUACGAUGGAUGCUUUAAGUAGUAGUAAUAUUUGUGACUCGAUUGGCAAUCUGUCUCUGCGCUGUAGUAGUACCCCUGGUCCUGUGCCUCUGUGGUGCUCCGAUGUCCCUCUCCCACCCCUGAAGAUCCCAGGUGGGCGAGGGAAUGGCACACGGGAUCACCCUCCCACAGCUCGACCGCUUUAUGUGGACAAGAAGUUAACUGUGACUGAGCAGCCUGCAGGGGCUGGUUGCCCGGGGAUGCUGCACUUUCAGAGCAGGCCCACGGCGUCGCGGGUUGUGUGCUGGGAGGCGGUGCUUCGCGGGGACGGCCUGUACAUCGAGAUCCCUCACGAGCCGCUCCCGGAGGGCAGCAAGGAGAGUUUUGCUUCCCUGCUGGAAUUUGCUGAAGAACACCUGAAAGUUGCCAGCGUGUUUGUCUGCUUCUACAAAAGCAGAGAGGAUCGUGCUAAGAUGGUGCGUACGUUCAGCUUUCUGGGCUUUGAGAUUGUGAGUCCGGGCCAUUCCCAAGUUCCUCCUCGACCUGACGUUUUCUUCAUGGCCUACAACUUCGACAGGGAUUCUUCAGAUGAGGAUUAAGUCCAGACCCCAAGCUUCCUCCCUUACAGAAUUCUCCAUCCCACAUUUAAUCUUUCCCAUCUAUUCUGCCCCCUUUUCCCACUUCCCUAUAAUCUCUCAGCUCCUCUGUCCACCAUUUUUGAUGUAGUCUAUUCUUCCCCAACUUGGAAGAAUUUCAGUCUUAUUUUUCAUUUUUGUUCAUGUUUGUUAUGCAGGACAAAUCCCUUUGGCAGGGAACUAUGAGCAUAUAUUCUCACAGCAACAAAAUAUCAGCCAGUGUGUUUUUAUUUUAUCACUUAACUUUGUUUUUGAAAAGUAGAUGGGGAAUAAAGGCUUGAAUGUACAAAAUAAGGGCCAGUCAGUUUACAUUUUUGGGUACGUCAGUUCUUUUUGAUUGGCUUGUGCGUUUAAAGUGGAACCGUUUUUUAAUGUUACUCAGUAAUGUUGAGUCGCCGAUGCACGUUUGACAGGACCCUAGAGGAACCCAGCCCCACCCCACGGGAUCAUGGGGGUAGUAGUGCCAGCGAGGCCAUCUGAACAUCGUCAGCCACAAGACAAACAUUGGCACAAAGCUUCGGGGCCAGGGCUGGGUCCAGGGCACCUUCAACUGUUCUUGAUUUGUGUGUCACUUUGUUAACCUUGUUUGGAACCUUUUUUGCUACAGUUUGGUUUUCAUAAAGAUAGCAUUCCAGCUCUGCUUUUGUUUCCUGGUGGUUUGCAAAUUUUUAUGUACACUUAGUGGAAUAUGUUUGUGCUUCUGGAAUAAUAAAAUGGUUAAAAAAGUUAA